AAGAAGCACCACUACAAUGAUCAUCCUUAACGCCUCACUCUCUGCGUUUUGCUAUGGGCUCUUCAGAGUACGACGAAAAGGUCUCCUCGGGGUCAAAACCGGAGACUGGACAUCAUGUGGAGGUCUCGACGAAGGAAGUUGAUACCGCAGCCGCGCUUAUUGGUGACGCUGGUGAUAUUGAUCCUGCAGAGGCAAUCAGGAUUCGAAAGAAAAUCGACAGACAUAUACUGCCCUUGAUGUGUGUGCUCUAUUGGGUACAAUUCAUGGAUAAGACGACACUGGGAAGCUCAGCAAUCUUGGGUAUUACUACCGCUACUCAUCUGACUACGAAUCAGUAUAACUGGCUUGGUACUAUAUUCUAUCUGAGCUAUCUCGUUUUCGAGUAUCCUCAGAACUUAGCGCUGCAAAGAUUUCCCGUUGGAAAAUGGAUGAGUGCUAAUAUAUUAGUGUGGUCUAUCGCUUUGUGCUGCCAUGCUGCAUGCACAAAUUUCGCGGGACUUUUCGUUGUCCGACUUAUUCUUGGGAUGUGCGAAGGCUCUAUCACCGCCGGUUUCAUGAUCGUCAGUUCAAUGUUCUACACUAGAAAUGAACAGACGUUGAGAGUCGGUUACUGGUUUUUGAUGAAUGGAACGGCUCAGAUUAUCUCUGGGUUUCUCAGCUUUGGCUCCUUACACAUUCAUACGCCAAAAUUCGAACCAUGGCAAUGGCUUAUGGUUAUUACUGGGGCAAUCACCUUCAUUACCGCGAUCUGCUUCUUUCUCUUUUUCCCUGACAGUCCUACCAAUGCGUGGUUUUUAACACCCGAAGAACGUGCUCUAGCGGUCAUUCGUAUCAAGGAAAAUCAGACGGGUGUCGAGAACAAGCAUUUCAAAAAGGAACAAAUGAUUGAGGCUCUCUUGGAUCCAAAGACAUGGAUGUUCGCGCUGUUCUCCGCUUUAGACAAUGUGCCGAACUCUCUCACCAAUCAACGAUCGCUCAUUGUUUCCUCGUUUGGCUUUACAUAUCUUCAAACAACUCUGCUCGGUUGUGUGGACGGGUUGAUCGAAAUAGUCACCAUUUGGACCGGAGUGAACAUCGCCGCUCGAUUUCCCAACAGCCGCGCGUAUGUUGGUUUUGUCUAUUUCAUCCCCAACGUCGUCGGGGUCAUCGUGAUCAACACCUUGCCGUGGUCUGACAAAGUCGGUUUACUGUUCGGACAAUGGCUGACAGGUGUUGGGACUACUGGCUUCGUAUUGUCGCUCUCGUGGCUUUCAAGUGUCACUGCCGGGCACACAAAAAGAAUCACUACUAAUGCCAUUAUGCUUGGUGCGUAUUGCAUUGGAAAUGCGGCUGCUCCAUUCAUGUGGCAAGCCAAAUACAAACCUCGAAACCACGUUCCCUGGACUAUUAUCGGCAUCUGCUAUGGGAUUUGUAUGCUAUUGCUUCUGGCCAUUCGGUCCUAUUUACAUCGUCAGAACAGAUUACGCGAGGUUGAACCUUACGACGAUCAAUAUGACAAUGUCUACAUAGAGCGUCUAAACGAAGAUGGGACUAUAGACGAGAUCAAAGUUGAAAAGGAAUUCCUGGAUCUAACGGAUAAGCAAAACCGGGACUUCCGAUAUGUACUGUAACUUGGUUGCCUAUGCAUAAAUGAUCGAUGUAAUGAGUAUAGGAACGUGUAUUCUUAUCAAGUACAGUGUAGCCAACUUGUUUUUAUGUAGUUUUUCGUAUCUCUGAGGGCAACCAUACGACCUGGGCUUGCCAAGUUCAGAACGCGUCGGUCGUUCAAGUUGGAGUGUCAAGUGACCGUGUGCCCAACGGCUCC